UCCGCUCCAUUUCUCUCUCUCUUACGUCAGCAUCAGAACAACACACCCUAGGAGUAGGGACGAAGGAAUCAACCCCAUCGAAUAUUCAACACCCCCCACUUCUGAUUCUUACGUCAUGUAUGCGACGCACCGCCAUCGACUCCCUCUCCUACACCCCUCCGAUGUCCGAGUUCCUUUCUCCCCUUCUCUCUCUCUCUCUCUCUCUCUCUCUCUAAAACUUAAAAAAAUGAUCUCUCUUUCACAGUUUAUUCUCUGUUUUGAUUCCAUAUGCUAAGAUCCAUUUCCAAGUCUCAACCUUUCUCCUUGCAGUCUCAGAGAACGGACGACCCUUCUCUCUCUAGUCUUCUUAUCUCCCUGUCCAUCUUCUCCUCUUCCUUUCUCUUUCUCAUAAAAUCUCUUUUUUGAUCGAUUAAGAAAAAAACUCAUAGGACCUCCCAACUGAAAGAAAAUCCUAAAAAAUGGAAGAUUACUCAGAGAGAAUGCAGAGAGGUCGAGAAUAUGUGGAAGCUCUUGAAGAAGAACGUCGUAAGAUUCAGGUCUUCCAUCGCGAACUUCCCCUCUGCCUCGAGCUUGUCAUCCAAGCUAUCGAUGCUUGCCGGCACCAGCUUGGGACAGCCGGAACAGAGCAUUUCCCAGGAAGAUCUGAGUGUUCAGAGCAGACAUCAAGCGAAGGUCCCAUGUUGGAAGAAUUUAUUCCUAUAAAACGAAGGUUAGCUUCCACGGAGGAAGAAGAAUCUCACAACAAACCCAAAUGUGAAGAAAGAAACGAUAAGGAUAAAGCCCUUCAGAAGACUGAUUGGUUAAGAUCUGUUCAACUCUGGAACCCAGACCCAGAUCCACCACCUAAACAGGAUCAAGCUACACAAAAGGCAUCAUCAUUGAUUGAACCAAAGAAAAUUAGGGGUGCAUUUCAUCUCUUUCAGAGAGAGAAUAAAGGAGCCACUGCAAGCUCCACUACUACUACUACAACUACUGAUACAGUAGCUAAUGGAGGUGGGAGUUACAAGAAAGAAGAUAGAGAAGAGAAAGAAGGAGUUUCAGAGAGGAAGCCCAGGCGAUGUUGGUCACCGGAGCUUCAUCGUCGCUUCUUACAGGCCCUUCAACAACUGGGUGGUUCUCAUACUGCAACGCCUAAGCAGAUUAGGGAGUUGAUGAAGGUGGAUGGGCUUACUAACGAUGAAGUUAAAAGCCAUUUACAGAAAUUUAGGCUUCAUACAAGACGACCACGUUCGGCGGCAGUAACUAAUGGCAGCAACUCACAGCAGCCUCAAUUUGUGGUGGUGGGAGGCAUCUGGGUUCCUCCACCGGAAUACGCCACAGUGGCGGCUGCGACAGGUAAAGGGGAGAUGAAUGGAGUUGCUGCUAAUGGAAUAUAUUCUCCAGUAGCUGCACCGAUGCCGCCGCUGCCAGCGGCAGCCGUAAAACAAUCACAGGGAUCCCCCUCGCACUCGGAAGAGAGGAGGAGCCAAUCUGCAGAUGAAAAGAGUCAUUCGAAUUCACCGGCGUCGUCGUCAUCCACCCAUACUACUACUAACUCACCACCAUCUUUCUGAUUUUGUAUGUAAAGAGUGGAGACUGUAGAGUGUAAUGACAAGUUUUGUAAUGAAAUACAAGGCAAUGCUGCUAUCUUCCCUUAUGGCGUAUCCGGUGCAGGAGGCUCCUAUAUGUACGAGAUACGACGGCAAGAAUUACACAACUUUACCCCGAGAAAACCGGGAGCCUGUUUCGAGAUCGAACCGUUCUUUGUACUUACACAAAGAUCAUAAUAUGAAAGGAAGAUAGCUGCAUUGCCUUGACAGUUUUAUAUUCU